UCAGUAAAUAUAUAUGUUUUUAGGUGAGCUGAUUUUUUUUAUUUUAGGUGGAGACAGCACAUGCUUAAAGAUGGCUGGAGUGCUGCUUACUGCUCUCACAAUCUUCUUCUUGGAGGUGGUAUCUGAAAGUGAGCCGGUACAUGCUGGGCCAGGCGGAAUGGAGGACUCACAUGGUCCAUUCGAGCUAGUCCACUUCACAUCACACUGGGCCCUCCAGCUGGUCAAUGAGUCGCUGCCUUUUUCCAGAGCCGAUGCUUUCUGUAGAGGCCAGUUCAGCUCUCUGAUCACUAUGGACCAGUCAGAGGAACAUGGGGAAUUACUGGAAUUUCUGCAGCAGAGAGGAUUCAGUUCCCCAGUAUGGGUCAGGGAUCCCAGCAAAGCAGCCACCCAGCCUGUAGCCCUCUCCAGGCAGUAUUUGAAGUUCUCAGCUUUAAACUUCCCAAAGGAGUCCCAUGAGGGUUUUGCCCAUGUCAACAUGUCUUUUCCUGCGCUGUCAUCCAUCAGCGUGUGCGUUCGAGUUCAGUGGGACCCAGAGUGGAAUGAGGUCUCCACUAUUUUCUCUUAUGCUGCACCUGUUUUUAUCAAUGAGUUCCAGUUAAGAGGUCAAAUGAAUGCGCACAGUCGCAUCCUCCUGGCACUCAUCAUCCAUGGAAAGCACUUACCGUAUAAAGCAUCCUUCCCAAAUGACGGAGCAUGGCAUCACAUCUGUGUCACUUGGCACCGGAGCAGCAACCACUGGGCCAUCUACGUGGAUGGGGAGAUGAGAGACACGGGCUCGGCCACAGACACCUACAGAGAUAUCUAUGGAAAUGGUAUUUUCAUUCUGGGUCAGGACCAAGAUUCGUAUGGGGGAAAUUUCACGGAGCCUUUUUUUGGAAAUAUCACUGACUUGAAUGUUUGGAACAUAUCCUUGGAAACAAGACAUACGAGAGCUCUGAACUUAUGUGCACCUUUGACCCAGGAACGGAUUUUCUCCUGGAAUCUUGACCUUAUAAGCAGCCACCCUGUGGUAAAAGAGGUAAAGACCCUUCUGUUUUGUCCAGUAGUGCACCACCAGAUGGAGCUGCAGGGCUGCAGGACAUUGCAACGCCGGCGGGAUCAACUCUUGACGUUGGGCCUGACGGACUGUUCAGAACGUCUGCCGUUCAUCUGCAGGAGCAGCAGAGAGCGAUACCUCAGGCUGCAGCAGAUGAGGGAUUCUCAGAUCUCCCAGGCCACUGUCUUUAUGAACCAGCUGAUGAAGUUCUCCAACAAGAGCCAGCCCGUGCCAGGACAGCUGGUGGAUCUGGACAGCUUGGCCCAGGCCGCAGACCUGCUGAACGUCUCUGCCCAGGCUCUGGAAGACACGCCGCAGAACCAACUGGAGCCGGCAGACAUGCUGUCGCUUAUUCAGCUGCUCUCGCUGACUGCUGAUGUCCCCUCACAGCCGCUUGAUGAUGUCAAAAACGCAAGCAAAGACACCUCCAGCCUCCAGGAGCUGAGUCAGCACUUCAUUAGCGUGGCUGAUAGCAUCAUCAGCGAAGACAAUUCCCUCAAGUGGCAGGCCAUCAAAGAGGUGGUGAACGGCCCCAUGGAUGUUGUCAACAGCAUCGACCGGAUGUUGACCCGCCUGAGCCCUCGGCUGAUGACGGAGACGGAUCGUCUGACCAUUCACAGUCCUAACAUCAAACUCCAAGUGCAACAGCAGAGGCUGCAGGAGGGUUCCACAAUAUCAAGCUUCUGUGGGCCUGAGAAAGAGACCAAACUAGAUUGUAUUUCAGUCCCACAACAAAAAAUCCAGGAUCUCCAUAACAACGGCUUCAAUACGCUCACCUUGGUCAACACAUGGUACGGCUCUCUGCCCCCUCUGUUCAGUCCUGAAAAGAAUCUCACCAUGGUCCCCACUGUCACUGACGGCAGUCAAAGAUACCUGGGCACCGUUCUUGGGUCUUCUGUUGUAUCCAUGACGGCACUGGGAGACGACCAGCCAGUUAGCAUGGCAGUUCACUUCCAGCUCCAGCACAGAAUACAGAUAUCUGCUGGUACUGUGUAUGAUCCAGUGUGUGCCUUCUGGGAUUUUCAUCUCAGUCCAGAGGUUGGCGGGUGGUGGAAUACCAAAGGCUGCGAGGUGGUGUCCAAACAUUAUGGAUAUACUGUGUGUUACUGCAACCACACCACCAAUUUUGCUUUGUUGUUGCAGAUUUAUGAGGCUCAGAGGAGCCCAAAGAAUGAAAAAGCUCUGCAGGUGCUGACGUUCAUUGGUUGUGGAGUGUCCCUCUGUGGCCUCCUCUUCACCUUCAUCCUCUUCAUUGCUGUGGGUGUGCCAAAGUCGGACCGCACCACCGUCCAUAAGAACCUGAUCAUUGCUCUGGGCGUCGCUGAGCUGCUGCUCAUGUGCAGUGACUGGGCAUCGGAGAAUGAGGCAGCGUGUUUCCUGGUGACUGCUCUACUCCAUCUCUUCUUCCUGGCCUCCUUCUCCUGGAUGCUGGUGGAGGGCCUUCUGCUCUGGAGCAAAGUGGUGUCUGUCAACAUCAGCGAGGACCGCAGGAUGAAGCUUUAUUACCUUAUAGGCUGGGGCCUGCCUGUUCUGGUAGUUGGUGUGACAUUAUUGGUAUCGAUGGACAAGUAUAAGUCAGACGUUCACUGUUGGCUCAGCGUGAAGACUGACACCAUCUGGGCCUUUGUGGGACCUGUCAUAUUUGUUUUAGUGGUAAAUGCAGUUGUGAUGUGUCGGGUUGUCAUGGUGACUGUGUCCAGUGCUCAGCGUCGUGCUAAGAUGCUCAGUCCAAGCUCGGCAUCAAAGAUGCAGGCCUUUGACCUCACCUGGGCCGUGACCCGUCCCGUUCUCAUCCUGCUGCCCGUCUUGGGCCUGACUUGGCUGUGUGGAUUGCUGGUUCAUCUGUCCGUGGUAGUUGCCUAUGUCUUCAUCGCUCUCAAUUCCUUUCAGGGCCUCUAUAUCUUCUUGGUAUAUGCUGUUUACAACAGUGAGGUGAGGAAUGCCAUAAAGAGGAUCAAAGAAAAAAGGAAGGCCUUAUCUUUCACAAACUGCUCCCAGCCAAUGAGCUUCCUACCUUCGCAGAGGGCUCCAGUCCCCUCCUGGAGCCACAGUCCACCAACCCCCUCCAGCCCAGAGACCAGUGAGACUUCAGGACCCAUCACUUCCACAUCCAUGUCAUUGGUCAUCAAGAAUGAGAGUUUCAGAAAGGGAAGCCUUGUGAGUUUCUCCGUGAAACCAGCAUCAGGAAACCAAUUUGUGCAGCUGACGGGGUUCAAGCCUUCAGGUACAAAUCCGACAUCGUCUGACGCCGGUCUCAGAUCAUCGCUGGGUUACAAUCCAGUCAAAGUAGAGGUCAUACCAUCAGUUUAACGGCAGCACAAGUUCAAGACAAUGGAAAAGAAAGAGAAGCACAAAAAUACCAUGUCUAAGAAAACGUAACACAGGAGAAGAACCUAUUCUGGGCAAACAUACAGAUGUUUAAAGCGACUGCAGAAUGUUUAUCGCAGCUGUGUACAACCACCCGUUUUUUUUGUUCUUUUUUUGUUUCAUUUUUUUUAAAUCUUUCUAAACCAGAUAAUGGCUGUGUGCCUUUUCCAUUACUUUCACUUCAUACUUGUUUUAUUCAUUACGGGGGCUGA